AUGGUAGAAAGACUACCUCUGGGCAGGUAUCGGCCCCUGCUCCGCUGCAAGGAAGCCUGGGUGAAGCACCUCGAGGCUGAGGCAGCGGCAAUCCGCACCGAGAUGGCCCGCCUCCAGGCCCAGAUUGACGUGCUCUCCUCCAUGCCUCAGACAGGCGAGGGCGGCUGGGGCGGGGCCGGUUUAAACGACAGCCUGCCCAUCCACCCCUCCUUCCGCCAGAGCGUGAGGCUGCCCGAGCCUUUCUUGUUUGUGGGUGUGCUGAGCACUGGCGGGUCUCGGGGACGAAGGAACGCCGUCCGUGCCACCUGGAUGGCCACCGCCCCGCCAGAGGUGAUGGUGAAGUUUGUGCUGUACGAGGAGGAACGGAGUGCCAGGAUCCGGGAGGAAGCCGCCGAGUAUGGGGACAUGGUAUUUGUCCCCAGCCGGGGUCAAAUCGACUACCGGUCCAUCGUGGUCAAGGUAUGGUCCAUGGUGGAGUGGGUGGUUGCCCACACCAAUCCGAACUUCAUCAUGAAGACCGACGAUGAUGCCUACAUAGACUGCCCUGCCCUGGUGAAGGAUCUGCGCUCCAGGUGCCAGAAUGCCGACUGCCGCAAUGAACGGCUGUACUGGGGCGAGGAGAAACGCAAGGGGGAGGUUAUCGUCACCUCGGGCAACAAGUGGAGCAACGAGGAGUACUGGAAGUACACGGGGUUGAAGGAGUACUUCCCCUACAUGUUUGGCGGUGGCUACCUCACCGCCCUGAAGACCAUGCCCAACGAGGACGCCACCUUUGGGUUCUGGGUCAACGGCCUGAACCUGGCGCGGGUCGACCACCCAUUAGUCAUGGCCUCGGCCGGAACCUGCUGCCUGGAGGAGGCGGAUCUGGGCGGGGACCCCCACGCCACGCGCGGGUACCACUGGCUGGCGCGGCAGCCUUGGCGAGGGGACGGCGGCGCGCUGCUGGUCCAGCGCACGCGGUCCACUCCCGCCAUCAGCCUGCCGGGUCAGGGCCUGCACAUCGAGGUCCUGCACCUGGAUGCAGCACGGUUGACGACGCGCAUGCACUCCAGCCUCAACGCGUCCACGCUGGCAAGCACCACAGCCUGGGGCUGGAGGCGUGGAGCCUAUGCGCACUGGCUGGGGCCGGACGUCGUUGCCUACGCUGCGUGGGCCUGUGGGCUGCAGGAGCCCUGCACGGAGAUCAGGGCUUUGGGCGAUGAGUCGCGGCGCACCACGCUGCAGAGGCCGCUGGUCGCCGUCUCCAGGGACGGGACGUUGGGCCUGUGCGUCAGCCUGACCCGGCUGGAGGCGGCGGCGCCCGGGUUUGGCGUGGCGCGCGCCGAGCCUGGGACCAGGUUCGGCGCCCUGGCGGCCGACGGGCUCUGGAUCCAGCGUCUGGACGGCGCCGAGGCCGCUCCACCCCCGCGCCUCCUGCUGUCCUAUGAGCGGCUGCUGGCUGCCGCUCAGAAGACACGGCGGCGAGCAGCCGCCCCGGCGCAGGCGCCGGGGAUCGAGCCGGGAUCCGGAUCCGGUCGGGCCAAGCACAGAGGGAGCCCGGACCGGGCGUUCACCUUCACGGCAAAUGCCACGGGCGGGGACCUCUGGGCCGUCCCCGGGCUGCCCGAGGACAGGGCGGCCGCGCUCGCGGAGGGUGAGAGCGGCGUGCUGGCCGCCUGCUUCCACAGCUCGGUGUUCCUAAUCCAGGUCGAGGGACGCAGCGCCCGGCCCCUGGCACUACCAGCUCCGCUGGCGGCGGUGGCGGGCAACGUUACCCACUGCGCCUUUGCGCCGGGCCGGGGCGACACGCUCGCCGUGGAGCUGAGCCGCAGCGGCUGGGCUGGCCCGGCGCGCCACGUCGCCGUCUGGAACCUGGCGACCGGCGACGUCUUCCCAGCGGCCAAGUACGAGGAUGCCUCCUGGCCCGGGCCCCACCACCUGCUCACUGAUCUGGUGCCAGCCUGGAGCCCCGACGGGCACACCCUGGCUCUCUCCACCAGCGGCCUGUGGGACCAGGGGUGCCAGGCAGUCCUCCAGGACGUCUCGCCUGCCCAGGCCUGGGCUGGGGGCGGCUUGGGGGAGGAAGAACCCUGGCCGGGGCGUGCGAGGCAGAGCGCUGCCCCAACCCUCCUGCCGGGCCCGGGGGCCCUUGCUCCUGCGGGGGCGGCUGGGCCGGCCGAGGCGCUCCCCUCGGAGGGAAGGGCCGCCGGGGCCGCCUCGGAAGCCGCGCUGCCCGACGUCCGAGUGCUGCUGGACGUCACUGGCGGUCGUCUGUCGGGCCUGGCGCACCUCCGCCGCGCCGGCGCCGACCUGGCCGCCUGGAGCCUGCAUGCUGUGGUGGUGCUGGAGGAGACAGCGGCGGCUGGGGACGCGAGAUCUGCUGGGGACAUGAAGUCGACUGGGGACGCAGCGAUGGCCGGAGAUGCGGCGGCAGCCAGCGUGGGAUCGUCGCAGGCCACUGCCGCGAGUGCAGCACCCGGCGGCGCACCGCCCCACCUGCGAAUGCAUUUCUGGCAAUCGAACACGGCAGGGACCACCCCGCCCCAGGCCGGUCCCGUGCUCGCCUCUGCCUCCCUUCCGGCCAUCAAGGACGCGCUGCUGGGGAGCCAGGCCACGGGCGGCGCAGGUGGCUGGCGCGGGGCCGGCUGGCGCGGCCCCUGGGCGGACCUGCGCGCCUGGGUGGGCUGGGGCGCGUCGGCCGACGCGGCGCCCUGGCGGCCGGAGUGGGCCCUGGGGGCCGGGGCCGGGGCGGAGGAGGACCCCGCUGCGGCGGAGCUGGCAGCCUUCAUCUCGGGACGGCUUGCGGACUGCGCGUGGGAGCGGGGACCGGGCAGCGUCGUGCUGGCCCUGGCUCUGCCCGCCAACCUGCACUAUGCCGUGCUGCAGCGCUUGGCGCUGGACGGUAGCCUGCACCUGCUGGCGCGGGUGCUGGUUGUAUGGCCCGUGGACGUGCUGACGUGGCACCAGGCCCAGGCCUGGGAGGGGGUGCUGGGCACGGUGCACCUGCCCUGGGAGUACCUGAGCCCGGGCGAUGCGCCCGCGGCGGAGCGACAGCGGCGAGGGUGGGAUGGCGCGGCGCGGGAGUGA